AUGAAUGAGCGACUGUGGGGGACAGAAGCCUCCUGGGGUGGGAUGAUCAGUCCCUUUUAUGCUCUCAAGCCAUCGACAGGGUGCCUCGUCAAGUUGCUUGUCAUCAUCCACCACAGGGUCACGGAGGGCCUGGGUCAAGCAACAGACGCUAUCUCUCUGUUGGAAGGUCGAAAGAGCCUAGAUCUACCAAGCAUGGCUCAGCGGAUCCAGGGGUCUGCAGUUCCUUCGACCUUGAAAUUGCUUAAUUCGAGUGGGCCUGAGAUGAUCGAACGUUGCGACCCACCGGUCUGCCAGAAAGAGGCCACGAUCCUCACAACCUCAAUCUAUUUCUCACUGGCAAUGGACGGUCAAUUCCGUCCCCGGCUUGCCUGGGAUCCUGCGCCGGGAUCAUCAAACUGCUACCAACCAAUACGAUUACGAAUCGUGCAGAACAGAGUCCGAGGUCUUCUUGAGGUCGGACAUGCGUCGAUGCUUUUCUGA